GAUUGUAUACAAUGAGCGACAUCCAUGCACAUUUUUGCGAUAUACAUUUUUAGCAAAGAAAAUUUUUAAAUUUAAAUUUAAAAGAUGAAGAUUGCCGUUGUCGGAUGUCUUCAUGGAGAAUUGGAUAUUGUUUAUCAGCAAAUUGAAUCAUAUGAAAAAAAUAAUAACACCAGUAUUGAUUUAGUGCUUAUAUGUGGUGAUGUUCAAACUAUUCGUAAUGAAAAUGAUUUCAAAUGUUUGGCCGUACCGCCAAAAUAUCGUCGGCUUGGCGAUUUUCAUCAUUACUAUUUUGGAGAAAAAUCUAUUCCAAAAUUAACAUUGUUUAUUGGUGGUAAUCACGAGGCUUCGAAUUAUCUUCAAACACUACCUUAUGGUGGUUGGGUGGCUCCAAACAUGUAUUAUCUUGGCUAUUGUUCGGUCAUUCGAUUUGGACCGCUACGAAUCGGCGGAAUUUCUGGUAUAUUCAAACAACAUGAUGCUAAAUUAGGACAUUUCGAAUGUUUGCCAUAUGAUCAAGGAACAAUGCGAUCAAUAUAUCAUAUGCGAGAAAUGGAAAUCUAUAAAUUACUUCAAUUACCUCGAACAGAUAGCAAUAAAAAACAAUUGCUCGAUGUGUUCUUGUCGCAUGAUUGGCCUAUCAACAUUCAUCAAUGCGCAACAGAACGUAAUCUAAAUAAUUUAUUAAAUCGCAAGCCAUUCUUUCGUCAAGAGAUUGAGCAAUGUCGUCUCGGUAAUCCGUUGCUUCAACCAUUAGUUCAUCAUCUAAAACCGAAAUAUUGGUUCGCUGCACAUUUACAUGUUGGAUUCAAUGUUACUGUAUCACAUUCGAAUUCACAAGAUCAAGAUUCUAAUAAAUCGAUUUCCGAAAUUAAAACCCAAUUUCAAGCUUUAGAUAAAGUCUUGCCUAAAAGAUAUUUCUUACAUGUUGAAGAUAUCAAAAUUGACCAAGAAAAUAAUGCUAUCAAUGACUCAUUCAAGUUAGAAUAUGAUCUAGAAUGGUUAGCCGUAUUGAAAAAAACCGAUCACCUUUGGAAAGGAUCACGUGAACAGAUAAAUGGAAUCAAUAUUUUUAAAUGUGCGAAUGAAAUCCAAAUCACUCAGAAUGAUCUUGAUGAAAUUACUAAGCUAUUUUUAGAUGGUGAUUUUUCCAUACCAAAUAAUUUUGAACCCUGUAAACCUGUAAUGGAUCGUACUAAUGAUUGUGAUCCAUCACGGCAAAUAAACUAUUUAAAUCCACAGACAUCUAUCUUUUGUAAUAAGCUAGGAAUUUGGGAUCCCAACCAGAUGUUUAUAGAACACAAAGCUAUUGAUGUAAAAAAUCCAGAUGAAAUUAAUCUCGAUGAUAGUGACGAUGAUGAGGAUGAUGAUUCACGUAAAAAACGUUUAAAAUCUGAUUUAUUUAUUAUUGAUACUAAGGGUACAUUUCAAACAUAAUCAAUCAAUGUUAUU